ACGGAAAUCUUUUGCCUUUUUGUUUUGGUUAUUAUUGAAGCUUAGCUCAUUCCAGAAGGUUUAGUUUACUGUUUUCAAUAUUUUCUGUUUUAUUAAAAUACUUCAAAUUACUUGAUUAGGGCUUUUCAAACUCACAACAAUUACCACGAGAUGGACAUAAGAUAUUUUAAUAAACUAUUGGAAGAAGAAUUCAAUGGAAAUGAGGCCUGUGCUACAGAAGACAUUGUGGUGACUGUGGCUUUACCAGAUGGAAAUAAUGUCAAUCACAGAAUCUUGAAAUAUCAAACAGCUGCAGAGUUGUUAAUCUCACUGAAUGAAAAAUACAUCCUCAACGGAAAUCCCAAAGAUGAUUGGGUUGUAGUUCUUUAUACCGAGAAAAAUCAGGAGAUCAUCCUCAGAGACGAUGAAAUCAUCUAUGGUGAUGACUAUCGCUUCUUCAAGUCCAUUGAAAUAAAAUUGAAGUGUGAUCUGUUUGAGACAGAACACGCGAUAAAAAGCUGCAUUCAGAUGAAGAUACAUGUUUUUUGAGAAUUCUCUGUGAAUCGACGUCAAAUUUUUAAAAGUUUUUUUCUCAGUACUACUCAACAGCGUUGACUUCAAUUAUAAUUAGAUUAUAUAAGUAUGCUCUUAAGCAGUGUUUCCCAAACUGUGUUCCGCGGGAAAGUACAGGUCCGCGAGGCCUGAACUACUGGAACAACUAAACUAGUAGAUCACCACGUAAAGUAAUCUAUCUUAAAAAAAAAAAAAAAGCGUUUCGCUAAAUACUUAGUAUGUGCGAAGUGUUCCUUUAAGGAAAAAGUUUGGGAAACACUGGUCUUAAGCAUACGUAUAUUUCUUAUUUCUGUGGCUUUGCCUAAUUCUAACUUAUUUUUAAAACUGUAUUAGUAAAAAUAAAUAAAUUAAGGGCUAUACGCACUUUGUUUUACAUAGAUGCUGGUCUAGUUUGUAAAACGUAAUGAUGCUGAUUUUACCCGUGUCGAUUACCCAACUAAAUCUUGAUUUUGGUACGAAUAUCAAUGGAUUACUCUUCUACAAUGAAUAAACAAAAAUCCUCAAAAUAUUCAAAGUAUUCUGGAUCGAUAAUUUUUUCAAAACCAUCAUUAAUUGAACCUUUUUAAAAAUUAUAUUGUUAUGGUUGUCUCCAUACAAACAUAUGGGCCUAUUUAUGUUGCUUUUAAAUAGACCAAAUAUCUAGCUUUUAGCUUUGAGCUUAUGUAGGCCUAUAUAAUAUUACAUUUUAUUAAAUCCUGCGCAAAACUUUCGCCCAAUAGUUUUACUAAGCCCUCCCUAUACUACGUAUAUUUUUAUCACUUUAAUUUACCAUUUCUUCUUUUUAAAAUUCAGCCCAUACGUAGGGUUACCCACAACAAAACAUUUACUGUAAACUUUAUUACACACAAAGCUUGUCAUUUGAAUGUACUUAAAGACAUUAUCAGACAGGGCCGGAUUUAAGGGAAGGCAGGCGGGGCUAUUGCCCAGGGACCUCCACAAGAUAAGGGGCCUCCACAAGGUAAGGGGCCUCCACAAGAUAAGGGGCCUCCACAAGGAGAUUUUUAAAAUAUCCGAAUUUCGACUGGUUAGUAACUUUUUAAAUUUUUUUUUUAAUAUUAUAUUUCGCAUUUUUUCCCCACAAAUCUUACGGUGUCAACUAACAGUUCUGGAUUUACGGCAGUUUUUCUACCCAGAGACUUACCCUCCGUAAAUUAAAAAACAAAAUACAUUCUUUGAACUAAUAUAUGCAUUUAAAAAAAGAAAACGAGGUUAAGUUUACAAGUACUCAAUUUUGUUCUUCUAAAAUAUGUCAUGUCUUAAGAUGUAAGUAUUAUCAUUAUUAAUAAGUGGAUUUUUUUUAAGGUUUUUGGAAACGGGGGGUGGGGGUGGGGGGUCCUCAAAAUCCUUUUACGGGCUCUCCACUUAGAUCCGGCCCUGUUAUUAGGCUAUAUAUAUUUAGGCCCUAUAUCUGUUUUAUAAAAUGUAUGCAUAGUUGCAUACUGUUAUGUAAAAGUUGAGCAAGUUUAUUAAAGAAGUUUUGAGAGAA